AUGGCUCAAACUCAAACCACAGAGGGAGCUUCCCAAGUCGUUAAGUCUGUUAGAUUUAGCUUCAUGACAGAACAAGAUGUCCGAAACCAUAGUGUUAUGAAAGUUACUAAUCCCGUCUUACUCGAUACCGUUGAGAGACCUGUCCCUGGUGGUCUCUAUGAUCCUCUUAUGGGUCCGCUGGAUGAUAAAACACCUUGUAAAACCUGUAGCCGGAUCAGUCUAUUUUGCCCAGGACAUUGUGGGCAUAUCGAGCUUGUCUAUCCUAUUUACCACCCUUUGCUCUUCAAUCUUCUUUACACCUUUUUGCAAAGGACUUGUUUCUUUUGUCAUCACUUUAUGAAAUGGAGUGAGGUUGACGGAUGUGUUUCUCAGUUGAAAGUCAUCAUUAAAGGAGAUAUAGUUGCUGCUAAAAAGUUUGGUUCUGAAGCCACGGAAUCAUCAGAAGAGUGUGAAGAUUCUGACAUUAGAAAGCAGAGGUGGACAUCUUUUCAGUUUGCUGAAGUCACUGACCUCUUGAAAAAAACUCUGGGGUUGAAAUCAUGGAAGUGUGGAUAUUGCGGUAAAAAAGCUGUUCAACUAGAGAAGCCUAUGUUCGGAUGGGUUCGCAAGGAGGAGGAGAAAGCGACCGACAAUGGAGAUAAUGUAAUUCGAGAGAUUAAGGUAAAGAAUUCAGAAAACAUUGUAGAAAGUGAUGAUGACAGUGCUAUCGAUGAACAAUCAGAAGUUGAAGAUGAAGGUGCUAAAAAGAAAAGAGGAAAAUCUUCGAAAGCAGCUAAAGAGUUUAAAGAACACAAGAAAAAGACUAAAAUAAACGUUUUGCCUAGUGAGGUCAGGGAAAUCUUAAAAGAUUUGUGGAGAAAUCACCCUGAGUUUUGCUCCUUUAUUGGUGAUCUUUGGCAGAGUGGAUCUGAAAAAAAUGACUACUCUAUGUUCUUUUUGGAGAGUAUUCUUGUGCCUCCUACUAAAUUUAGACCUCCAACAAAAGGAGGCGAUAGCGUUAUGGAACAUCCUCAAACCGCAGGGCUAAAUAAGGUCUUAGAAUCCAAUAUAGCCCUUGGGAAUGCCCGUACUAACCAAUUAGAGAAAUCGAAAAUAGUUUCUAGAUGGAUGGAUCUCCAAGAAUCAGUCAAUGUCUUGUAUGAUAGCAAAACUUCAUCAGUUAAAAGUCAGAGAGAGCAGGGAACUGGAAUAUGUCAAGUGCUGGAGAAGAAAGAGGGUCUAUUUCGGCAAAAUAUAAUGGGAAAAAGAGUGAAUCAUGCAUGCAGAUCUGUCAUAUCUCCAGAUCCUUAUAUCGCUGUCAAUGACAUUGGGAUUCCUCCUUGUUUUGCUUUGAAAUUGACUUAUCCUGAGAGGGUGACUCCUUGGAAUGUUGAAAAGUUAAGGAAGGCUAUCAUUAAUGGUCCAGACAUUCAUCCAGGAGCAACGCAAUACUCUGACAAAGUAUCUACAAUGAAGCUGCCUUCUAGCAGAAAAGCACGAAUAGCAAUUGCAAACAAGUUAUUUUCCUCACGAGGAGUCACUACAAAACUUGGGAAAACAUGUGAUAUCGACUUUGAAUGUAAAAUUGUCUAUCGACAUAUGAAAGAUGGUGACGUCGUCCUUGUGAAUCGUCAGCCAACAUUACAUAAACCUAGUAUAAUGGCUCACAUAGUCCGUGUUCUUAAGGGGGAGAAGACACUUCGUCUCCACUAUGCAAAUUGCAGUACAUAUAAUGCAGAUUUUGAUGGAGAUGAGAUGAAUGUGCAUUUUCCACAAGAUGAGAUAUCACGAUCUGAGGCCUACAAUAUUGUCAAUGCCAACAACCAAUAUGCAAGGCCUUCUAAUGGUGAUCCACUUCGAGCUUUAAUCCAGGAUCAUAUUGUCAGUUCGGUUUUACUCACAAAAGGGGACACUUUUAUGGACAGAGAUGAAUUCAAUCAGCUUCUUUUCAGUUCUGGCGUGACUGACAUGGUUCUGAGUUCUUUUUCUGGACGAUCUGGCAAGAAAGUCACACAGUCUGCUUCUAAUACAAAGCUGUUGACUGUCACGCCUGCUAUUUUAAAACCAGUACCUCUUUGGACUGGAAAACAGGUCAUCACUUCAGUGUUGAAUGAGAUAACCAAAGGUCAUCCCCCAUUCAGCGUAGAGAAAUCUACCAAACUUCCUGUUGACUUCUUCAAACGUAGACCAAUAGAAGAAUCCAACAAAAACAAGUCAUGGAAACAUGAUUUUAGCGAAGAUAAACUGCUCAUCAGGAAAAACGAAUUUGUCCGCGGUGUGAUUGACAAGGCUCAGUUUGCGGACUAUGGGUUGGUUCACACAGUGCAUGAGCUCUAUGGUUCAAAUGCUGCAGGAAACCUGCUUUCUGUUUUUAGUCGUCUCUUCACCGUUUUCCUUCAGUUUCAGAUUCACGGUUUCACCUGUGGAGUUGAUGAUCUUAUUAUUUUGAAAGAUGUGGAUGAAGAGAGGACCAAGCAACUUCAAGAAUGUGAAGGUGUUGGUGAAAAAGUCCUACGUAAGACCUUUGGCAUUGAUGUUAAUGCUCAGAUAGAUCCUCAGGACAUGAAAUCUAGCAUUGAGCGAAUUCUUUACGAGGACGGGGAACCUGCUUUGGCAUCUUUGGACAGGAGAAUCGUCAGUGAGCUCAACAAGUGUUCAGGAAAGGGGGUGAUGAACGAUUUGCUCUCUGAUGGGUUGCUGAAAACACCUGGAAGGAAUUGUAUAUCUCUGAUGACAAUAUCUGGAGCUAAGGGCAGUAAGGUUAACUUCCAACAAAUCUCUUCUCACCUUGGCCAGCAAGAUUUAGAAGGAAAAAGAGUUCCCAGAAUGGUUUCUGGGAAGACAUUACCGUGUUUCCAUCCAUGGGACUGGUCACCUAGAGCUGGAGGUUUUAUUAGUGACAGAUUCCUUAGUGGUCUCAAGCCACAAGAGUAUUACUUCCAUUGUAUGGCUGGACGAGAAGGGUUAGUUGAUACUGCAGUGAAGACAUCACGUAGUGGGUAUCUGCAGAGAUGCUUGAUGAAAAAUCUCGAGAGCCUGAAAGUCAACUAUGAUUGCACUGUCCGGGAUGCUGAUGGGUCCAUCAUUCAAUUCCAAUAUGGUGAAGAUGGCGUGGAUGUUCAUCGGUCUAGCUUCAUUGAAAAAUUCAAAGAACUUACACUAAAUCAAGAUAUGAUCCUUGAAACAUGCAGUGAAGACAUGCUAUCUGGAUCCAAUAGUUACAUAACUGAUCUGCCUAUUACUCUUAAGAAGAGAGCUGAGAAGUUUGUAGAGUCAAUGCCUAUGAAUGAGCGUAUUGCUUCCAAAAUGGUGAGACAAGAGGAUCUACUGAAGCUGGUGAAAUCAAAAUUCUUUGCAAGUCUUGCCCAGCCAGGGGAGCCUGUAGGUGUACUUGCUGCACAAUCUGUAGGAGAGCCAUCAACACAGAUGACUUUGAAUACUUUCCAUCUUGCUGGACGUGGAGAGAUGAAUGUGACACUCGGAAUCCCACGUUUACAAGAGAUCUUGAUGACUGCUUCUGCAAACAUUAAGACACCCAUCAUGACUUGCCCUUUGCUCAAGGGUAUAACAAAGGAUGAUGCAAGUCAUAUUACUGAUAAAUUAAGGAAGAUAACAGUAGCAGAUAUUAUAAAGAGUAUGGAAGUAUCCGUUAUACCAUUCGCAGUUUAUAAAGGUAGAGUUUGUAGUAUUCACAAGCUUAAGAUAAAUCUAUAUAAGCCAGAGCAUUAUCCGAAGCACACUGAUAUUACUGAUGAGGAUUGGCAAGAGACAAUGACGGUUAGGUAUUUGAGGAAGCUGGAAGAUGCUAUACAGAAACACAUGACAAUGCUCUGUAGAAUCAGGGGCAUAAAGGUUAAGAAAGAGACCGGUCCAAAAGCUGGAAGUGAUACGAGGAAUGAUGAUUCUGCAAGUGGAAAGCAGACUCAAGAUGAUGAUGAUGAUUCUGCUAAUGAUGAUGAUGAUGAUGAUGAUGAUGAUGAGGGUCUUGGUGCAGAGAAACGGAAGAAGCAAGCAGCAGAUGAGGAUUAUGAGGAAAGUUCUGAAGAUGAGAAUAAGGAACCAUUGUCAACUAGUGGAGUAGAUGAUGACACUGAGAUGGACAGUGAGGAUGAGAAUGAAGAAGUUAGCAAGGAAGGGACUCAGCAACCCAAAAAAAAGAAGAGAGAGAGAUUUGUUGGACAUAAGAAAGACAGACAUAUCUUUGUGGAAUGCAAAGGAGAGACAUUUGAGGUCCAUUUCAAGUUUCUUUCAAAGCAGCCUCAUAUGUUACUUGCUCCGGUUGCUCAGAAAACAGCACAGAAGGUUUACAUCCAGAACUAUGGGAGAAUCGAACGGUGCACAUUAGCUAACUGUGGUGAUCCUCAAAUGAUAUACUACGGAGACAAACCAAAGGAGAGAGAAGACAUCUCCAACGAGGAAAAGAAAGCCUGGCCAGCUCUCCACGCAUCAGGAGUUGAUUUCUCUGAUAUCUGGGAGUUUCAAGAUAAGCUUGACGUUAGGUACUUGUACAGCAACAGCAUUCACGACAUGCUCAACACAUUUGGGGUUGAAGCGGCAAGAGAGACCAUAAUCAGGGAAAUAAACCACGUUUUCAAAUCAUACGGUAUAUCAGUAAGUUUCAGACACCUGAACCUCAUCGCAGAUUACAUGACCUUUUCUGGUGGAUACCGUCCAAUGAGCCGUUUUGGAGGAAUUGCAGAAUCAACUUCUCCAUUCUGUAGAAUGACAUUUGAGACAGCCACUAAGUUUAUUGUCCAAGCAGCUACCUAUGGAGAAGUUGACAGGCUAGAAACUCCCUCUGCUAGAAUAUGUCUUGGUUUGCCUGCGCUUUCAGGAACGGGUGGCUUUGACCUGUUACAGAGAAUAGAGGUCUGAUUUGUGUGUUAAACCCUAGCGUGGAGCACAAUUUUGUCUAAUUUAAAAUAUUUGUCGUAUUAAAAGUUUUGUUUUUAGACAUUUUGUUGUCCAAUAAAUGGAUAGAUGUACCUGCCGACAAAUUGAGAAAACGCUUGUGGAUGGCAAGAGCUGCAUUUUAGUGAGUUUUUUUUUGUUGUAAA